AUGAAACGAUCUCGUGCCUGUGAUGACCUGGUGGCACUGGCUGCCGAGACUUCAGAUGACACCAGUAAAAACAGUGACAUAUUGCAUUGCAAUCAAGAUACAUGGACGUCCUUUGUCGAGGGUCCAACGACACAUCGACUAAAACGUUCCCGAGCUGCUGGUAGUAGCUCCAGUAACGAAGCAGAGGAUCAGGAAGUGCAAAUGAGAGACUCUUUGCAGUUUGUAUUGGACAUGAAGGAUCUUGAGGAGAUGACGAUGAGCUCGACAUUAUCGGUUCAGGAUGAUGAUACUUUGCCAUUACGACGGAAUUCACGAGAGAAGAUGCUGUUGCAGAAAAAGAAGCAACGUAUUACCGAGAUUACUAGCAGUUUCAAGGAUUGUAGUAUCCACGACAAGGACGCGAGGAAUCUGCAUCAUCCGCCAUCGCGGCUGACGAAACCAGAGUUCAUGGAAACACCUGAAACACCAGAGCCUCGGAUUCUUCGAGGCUUGUGCUAUCCACGCAAGACGAGGUGCAUUGAUCCACUUGAUAAGCGACAGGCACAGUCGUUUGACAUGUCGGCAUUGAUAAUGCUAUCUCUAUCACCGAAACGGUGA